AUGAAGGAAGCUAUGUUUAAAAUUGAUAGUAACAAAAGCCCAGGUUCAGAUGGCUUUGGUAUUGGAUUCUACAAGGCUGCAUGGCCUAUAUUGGGGCAGGAUAUCACUAAGGCAUUUGUGCUUGUUAUGAAAUACUUAUCAAGGAUGCUGAAGAGAGUUAGCAUGCUACCUGAUUUUAAAUUCCACCCAAUGUGCAAAUCACUAAAGCUAACCCAUCUCUUAUUCGCUGAUGAUCUGACGAUACUCUGUAAAGGGAAUGAUAGCUCGGUUAAUAGGAUUAUGGAGGCACUGACUCACUUUAGUAAUGUAACAGGUUUGAUAGCAAAUAUAGAUAAAUCAAGCAUUUUUAUGGCUAAAGUGGAUGAUAACACUAAGGAGCAACUACUGGAUAGAAAAGGAUUAGCACUAGAGAAGAACACACAAAGGAUCAGAGUCACAUAUUCCAAGCUCAUUUCAUAUGCUAGCAGGCUACAAAUCAUUAAUGCAAUCUUGUUCUAUAUUCAUAACUUCUGGGGCACAGUGUUCAUCAUACCUCAAAGUAUUCUCAAAGAAGUAGACAUGAUAUGCAAAGAAUAUCUUUGGAGCAGCUCAGAGGAAAAGAAGAAACUACCCUUGGUUGCUUGGGAAAAUAUUUGCUAUCCUAAGAAGUUAAGAGGUUUGAAUGUUAAGGGCAUCAUAAACUGGAAUAUUGCAUCAGUUGGAAAGUUAUUAUGGCAGUUGAUUAAGUAUAAGGAAGCCUUAUGGGUGAAGUGGGUGAAUGGGGUGUACAUGAAAGCUGAAGCAAAUAUAUGA